CCUCCACAUGAGAGCUAGAAAAUCUACUCAAAUCUUGCUUACUUGCUGUUCGGUGCUGCUCGCAUCUCCUCUCGUGAUUCCUGCACAAACCCUGUGUCUCGAUUGUGCUCUCGUUCUCGUUAUUAAAAUGAGAAUGAGCGGAACCCUCCAUUUCUUCUUUCUUGCUCAAGCUUCAGAACUUCCUGAUUCCUCCUCACGACCAAAUCAACUGCAACAGUUGGCCCAACCCACAACUGAACCUCCCAGCUCUCCCGUCACCCUCAUUCGCACGUAGUAGCCGCGUGAUCCCAUCUCGAUGCACGAAAUCUCAACGACCUGCUCUUCUCGAUCCCGCACCCUUCCGCCUCUUCCUACUCACGAUCAGACCGCACUCAAUUGGCCGCCGCUCCCUAUCCAACAACCGAUCCGAGGCCUCCCAAACCAUCGUCCCAUGACCUCUGUCGUCGAACGCGACCUCAUGCCGAAUCCCCUGCUCCCAAUUCCACACCCAGCUUUUGUUUCCACCUCAUGUGCCAACUUAACAAUCUUUCGCUUUUUUGUUUGCACACAGGCCACCUGACCGGAUCCACAACCUGCUCUGCUUGCCUCCGGCAAUCCAAUCUCCACUAAUCAAAUUCCCACUCCGACUCAGCCGUCUGAUAUCCCUCUACCCACAACUUCACCCGAGCCUCCCUCAGCCACUAGACUGAACCAAAGCACCUCUAUCUCCAUCCAGCAGUUGAGUUGAACUCAUCCUGCCACUCUCAUCCUCCUCUCCAUUUACUUAACUAUUCACUCUACACCAAACUCUACAAUAACCCACUACCAAACCCAACAACAACUCACUCCUUAGCCAUUUUCUCUCUCUCUCUCUCUCUCACACACACACACACGGAUUUAUAUUAAUAUUAACAGUGCUUAUUAUUAUUAUUAUGUAUAUUAUUAUUAUUAAGUUAAAAAGAAAGAAAAAUGAAGAAGAAAAAGAGAGAAAAUUAAAAAAAAGAGAGAGAACAAAAGAAAAGGAAAGAAGUGUGCGCAUUUUUGUCAUCGUCGUCCCCCCAACACGGCCAUCGUUGUUCGUCACUAAGGAUUUUUUCGUUGUGUUCUGAAGUGAUGGCAGAUAUCUGGGAUGGAAGCUAUGAUGCCAGUAGGCAGUCUGAUGAGAGCUAUCAUGAAAGGCUGCACGUUGAGCCUAUUUAUGAGUCAUUUCUUUGCCCAUUGACAAAACAAGUCAUGCGGGAUCCUGUCACCAUAGAAAAUGGGCAUACUUAUGAGAGAGAGGCAAUUGAGAAAUGGUUCAAGGAGUGCAAGGACAGUGGAAGAAGGCCUAUUUGCCCAUUAACAUUGCAAGAACUGAAUAGCACGGAUCUGAAUUCCAGCACAGCUCUAAGGCAUACAAUUGAGGAAUGGACACAACGUAAUGAUGCCGCUCAGCUUGACAAUGCUUGUAGAUCCUUGGGCCCUGGUAGCUCAGAAAGUGAUACUUUACAAGCAUUAGAUUAUGUCAUGAAAAUUUGUCAGAAAAGCAGGUUGAACAAACGUGCAGUGCGGAAUGCUGAUUUAAUCCCUAUGAUUGCAGAUAUGUUAAAAAGUAGUAGCAGAAAAGUACGUUGCAAAUCUCUGCAAACUCUGUGUGUAGUUGCUCAAGAUGAUGAUAACAAUAAGACAGUUAUUGCCGCAGGGGAUACCGUGCGGACAAUUGUGAAGUUUCUAUCACAUGAUCACUCCCAGGAGAGAAAAGAAGCAGUGUCCCUUCUUUUUGAACUUUCAAAAUCUGAAUCUCUUUCUGAAAAGAUUGGUGGAGUCAACGGUGCUAUACUUAUAUUGGUUGGUUUGGCCAGUAGUAAGUCAGAAAAUAUAUUGACUGUUGAGAAAGCUGAAAAGAUAUUGGAGAAUUUGGAGAAAGAUGAGAAAAAUGUGAGGCUAAUGGCUGAAAAUGGCAGGCUAAGACCCCUUCUUACACAAUUGCUUGAAGGUUCACCUGAGACACAACUGUCCAUGGCUGCAUUCUUGGGAGAACUUGUUUUAAGCAAUGAUGAUAAGGUCUUUGUAGCCCAAACUGCUGGCUCUGCUCUUGUUGAUGUCAUGAAGUCUGGUAGUAAGCAGGCUAUAGAAGCUGCACUUAAGGCGCUGAAUCAGAUUUCAUCACAUGAGGCAAGUGCUAAGAUACUUAUCCAAGCUGGUAUCCUUCCACCUCUUGUCAAGGACCUCUUUACCGUUGGUUUUGACCAGCUUCCAAUGAAACUGAAAGAGGUGUCUGCAACUAUUCUUGCAAAUAUUGUUGCAUCAGGGUCUGGUUUUGAAUCCGUCCUACUUGAUUCAGAUCACCAAACUCUAGUCUCCGAGGAUAUUGUUCACAAUCUUCUCCUUCUCAUCAGCAAUACUGGUCCGGCAAUAGAGUGCAAGCUCCUUCAGAUGCUUGUUGGGCUCACAAGCUCUUCCACAAGUGUCCUAAACAUUGUUUCUGCCAUCAAGAGCUCAGGUGCUACCAUUAGUCUCAUACAGUUUAUUGAUGCCCCUCAGAAAGACAUUCGCAUGGCUUCCAUAAAGCUGCUGCAUAAUAUCUCGCCUUACAUGGGGCGGGAACUUUCAGAUGCUCUACAAGGCACUGCUGGACAGCUUGGUAGUUUGAUUGGAGUUAUAGCAGAAAACAAUGGGAUCACAGAGGAGCAAUCAGCUGCAAUUGGGUUCUUAGCUGAACUUCCUGAGAAGGAUUUAGGUUUGAUCAGGCGGCUUCUUGCUGAAGAAGCCUUCCCCAUGAUCAUUUCCAAGGUUUUAAAGAUCCGGCACGGGGAGAUUCGUGGCAACAGGUUUGUCAGUCCCUAUCUUGAAGGGCUAGUCAGGGUUCUCUCUCGGAUUACCUAUCUUUUAGAGAAUGAAUCGGGGAUUGUAGUCCUUGCUCAGGAACAUAAUCUUGCAGCCCUAUUUACCGAUCUCCUUCAAACAAAUGGGAUAGAUAAGGCACAGAUGGCUUCUGCUAUGGCACUGGAGAAUCUUUCCAAGCAGUCUAAACAUUUGACAAAAAUACCAGAGUUACCUGAACCAGGUUUCUGCGCUUCAAUAUUCCCUUGUUUCAGUAAACAGCCAGUUGUGAUUGGGCUAUGCCGUAUCCACCAUGGUGACUGUUCUAUAAAGGAGAGCUUCUGCCUUUUGGAAGGGAAGGCAGUCGAGAAAUUGAUUGCUUGUCUGGAUCACAAUAAUGAGAGGGUGGUGGAGGCCGCACUGGCAGCUCUCUGUACUGUUCUUGAUGACGGGGUGGAUAUUCAGCAAGGAGUACUUGUUCUUUGUGAAGCAGAUGGCAUCAACCCAAUACUUGAGGUGCUGAAGGAGAAUCGGACAGAUGUCCUCAGGCAGCGAGCUGUGUGGGCAGUGGAGAGGAUUCUAAGGACAGAGGACAUUGCUUAUAAAAUCUCAGUAGACCAGAAUGUGGCAACAGCUCUGGUUGAAGCAUUCCGUCAUGGGGAAUACCGAACUAGACAGAUUGCAGAACGGGCAUUGAAGCAUGUAGACAAGUUACCCAACUUCUCUGCAAUAUAUACCAAGGUAGGGGGUUGAUUAGUACUGGUGGAGAGCUUAGUUUGUGUGGUAUGUAUCUAUAUCUUUUUUAUAUAAACUUUUUCUUUGCUUGGGUCUGGUUACUUUGAUUCUAGAUUUUUUCUAAAUCAUGGCCAGAGAUUCCUGCUUGUUAAUAUGCUAAUGAUUUGUUCAAGCAUUUUUCAAUUGAGAAUCGAGGUGAUUGUUUAUUUCUACAUCAGGAAUGCUACUGAUAAUAGUGAAUUAAGUGUACCAAAUUAGAUUUAUAAUGAAGUAUGGUGCUUCUAAGUUUUCUUUGGGAUA